UAUAAAUACCAUCACUUUUUAAUAAUUUUGCCACACACCCUUGUUUUUGUCUAAGUUUCUCUCUUUCCUCCUUCUGUCCUUCUGUAAUACUUAAAAAUUAGCACAGCCCAGGGCUGUGGGAUGGGGAGAACUGAAAGUGAAACUGCAGGGAAUUACUGGAAUAAGUGGAAAAAACCACAGUGGACUGCAUAGAAAUGUUCACAGAAGCUCCUGAAUUACUUUUCAUCAUCUGUGUAUGUGGGUUAAAGCAUAUACUGAUGAGUUGCUUCUGGAAGAUGCAUCUUCUUCAUGGAAAACUUGACUUUUCUUCUUGACUUGUAGUUUCUUCUCUUCCUCCUUUGUGUCUUUUUUGGGAACAGGAGGGUCUGUUCUUUCCUAACCUGAUGAUAUUCCAGUUUUCUUUGUGUAGACUUUCUGUAUUUCCUUGCAGCUGCUUUUGAUAUUUUAUUGAAGUGAAAUCAGUUCAUUUUGGGAGAGAAAAGCUGAUUUUUCAGGUGAAAGUGUUGAGCUGCCAUUGUGUUUUCUGCCUGAAUAACACACAGGUGCCUGGGACACGGCUGUUCAUGGAAAGAUCCAGGUGAAAGAUCCGGUGUGAGCUGGGAGGCCAUGGCAGGAUUCCUGGACAAUUUCCGCUGGCCGGAGUGCGAGUGCAUCGACUGGAGCGAGCGCAGGAAUGCUGUGGCCUCCAUCGUGGCAGGGGUGCUGUUUUUCACAGGCUGGUGGAUCAUGAUCGACGCCGCCGUGGUCUAUCCCAAGCCGGAGCAGCUGAACCACGCCUUCCACACCUGUGGGGUCUUCUCCACACUGGCCUUCUUCAUGAUAAAUGCUGUGUCCAAUGCACAGGUGAGAGGAGACAGCUACAGUGAUGGAUGCUUAGGAAGAACAGGUGCUCGGAUCUGGCUCUUCAUUGGCUUCAUGCUGAUGUUUGGAUCCCUCAUUGCUUCCAUGUGGAUCCUCUUUGGAGCAUAUGUCACACAGAACACUAAUGUGUACCCUGGCUUAGCAGUGUUUUUCCAAAAUGCAUUAAUAUUUUUCAGGUUCUGGUUUUUAAGCAGGUCCCUACACUCGGCAGGUUCUGCAUGGCAAUCAAACUACUCCUGCCCUGUGAUGGCUCUGGCACAAAGGACAUUUACUGGCACCACAGUCCUUGGAAUUAAUUUCAUGCUGCUCAGUGUAAGAGAUACCAAUUGGUAUUCAAUGUAUUUCCUGAUAUUAGAAUAAAAAACUCCAACAAACUGCUGCCAGUCCUACUUCAGGAAUAUAAAGAACAACUGAGAGUCAGACCAACAGCUUUCAAAUGAUUCUGUGAUUCUAUGAGAUCAGACAGGUGUUGUUUUCUCCAGGGGAGGCUUUUUGCUCAUAAAUGAACAGUUUUCCUGCACUUUUCCCCUUCUGUACCUAAAAGGUGAAUGUUCAGGUGAAUGAGUUCACCUAAAAGGUGAAUAGGGGUAUGGAUUUAUUUGUUGUACACAGUCUGACCUUGAAAUAAUUGCCAGCUUUAGAACUGCCCUUUGCCCCACUUAAAAUGUGCCAACUUUAGGGCUGACCUUGCCCCAGUUAAAUUGUGCCAGCUUUGGGGCUGCCCUUUACCCCACUUAAAAUGUGCUUAUCUCACGUUUCCAUGAUUUGAAAUCCAGUUUCUUCUGUCUGGAGUGCACAGAAGGGAGGAAGAGGAUGUUUUACAGCCUUGGGCUGAUCUUGUACAUUCAUUUGCUGUUGGUGACUCCUUCUCUCACGAGUUCUCUGUGGGUUUUAAGGCAUUUGAC